UCUAUCCUUGGCGAGAAGAAGAGGCAAGUGAUCGGGUGAGCAGAGAGAUCCUCCAGCCCAGUCCAAUGGCGGCUGCCAGAAGAGUGGUCUUGUUCCCCAGCCUUGGCGUGGGCCAUCUCACCCCCAUGCUGGAGCUCGCCGCGGUCUGCAUCCGCCACGGCCUCGCCGUCACAGUCGCCGUCCCUGACCCGGCCAUCACCGCCCCCGCCUUCUCCGCCACCCUCCGCGAGUACGCGUCCCGCCUCCCCUCCCUCUCCGUCCACUUCCUACCUCCUCCUCCUGCACACCACCUCCUGUCCCCCGACGCUCACCCGCUCGUCCGUAUGCUCGCCGUCCUCCGAGCCCUCGCGUCCGCCGCCCUCCGGGACCUGCUGCGUGGCCCCCAUGCCGCUCAGGCGCUCGUCGCCGACAUGUUCUCCGUCUACGCCAUCGACGUCGCCGCCGAGGUCGGUGUCCCGGGGUACCUCCUGUUCUGCACCGGAGCCGCCAACCUCGCCGUUUUCCUCCGUUUGCCACAUCUUUGCUCCGGCAGCGGCGGGAGCUUGAGGGAGCUCGGCGACAAGCCCGUGUCGUUUCCCGGCCUGCGCCCGCUGCCGGCGUCGCACUUUCCCGAUGAGGUGCUCGACCGGGGGACGGACAUAAGCGCCGCAAUGCUGGACGCGUUCGACCGAAUGGCGGACGCGCGCGGCAUUCUGGUGAACACCUUCGAGGCGCUGGAGAGCACCGGCGUGGCUGCGCUGAGAAGCGGCCGCUGCCUGCCCAACCGCGCCACGCCUCCGGUCUACUGCGUCGGGCCACUGAUUGCCAACGGCGACGCGGAGGAGGAGAGGCACCAGUGCCUCGCGUGGCUGGACGCGCAGCCGGAGCGCAGCGUCGUGUUCCUCUGCUUCGGGAGCCGCGGCGCGCUCUCUCCGGAGCAGGUCAGGGAGAUGGCCACGGCAAUCGAGAGGUCCGGGCAGAGAUUCUUGUGGGUGCUGCGCGCUCCCGCCGGCGCCAGCGCCACUGAGCCGGACGCGGCGCUGGCUCUUCUUCCCGACGGAUUCUUGGCCCGCACCGCGGACAGGGUGUUCGUGGUGACCGCGUCCUGGGCGCCGCAGGUGGCAGUGCUGCAGCACGCGUCGACGGGCGCGUUCAGCACGCACUGCGGAUGGAACUCGACGCUGGAAGCCGUCGCAGCCGGCGUGCCGAUGGUGUGCUGGCCGCUUGACGCAGAGCAGUGGAUGAACAAGGUGUUCAUCGUGGAGGAGAUGAAGGUUGGCAUCGAGGUCAGAGGGUACAAACCCGGGGUGCUUGUCCGCGCCGACAUCAUCGAUGCCACCGUGAGACGGAUCAUGGAGCCGGAGGAGCGGCAGGGAGUCCUGGAGAAGGUCAUGGCGGCGAAGGAGAGCGCCGCGGCGGCGUGGAAGGAAGGGGGCUCAUCGUGCGUCGCGUUCGGUGAAUUUCUCAAGAACAUGGAGGAGGACAAUGUUGCCAUGGCACAUUCCAGCCAGGUACAUGUCCUCAAGCAAACUUCUACUCCCUCCGUCUAAAAAUAAGUCUUAUCUUAGUUCAAUUUUCAAUUCAAAAGAUAAACUUGUUUUAGAGAGGAGGAAGUAACAUUCAGUUCUUGGAUAUUCUCAGAUGAAUUAAGUAUUCUACCCUCGACAUAUGUAAGGCCAAGGUUCUGUCCUGGAAGUGAGCAAUUUGUGUAACUUUGUCAGCUACUGCCUUCGCCCAUAUUUAAGGGCAAUCACAUAUUCACAUUACAUGUCUCCCUAUCAAGUCCUCCACAGUGCGAGAGCUCUCAAGAAGUGGCUUCAGUUUGCAAAUUAGUCCUUCGUAUUUUACAUUUUAAUCCUCUCAACUUUUUAAAUUACAUAGAUUGUGC